UACUUUAUGUAUCGAUGGCUCCAAAAUGAAACGAAGAGUUAGACUAGGCAUUUUCUCUGAACUCGUCGUAACUUUUACAACAAAAUCGAAGCCGAUUACGACUCUUUUAAACACAGUCAGUAGACAGCACCAGUUAGAUUUAAUUUGGGUGCCUGGUCAUAGCAACAUUUCUGGAAGUGGGGCUGUAAAUGAGUUAGCCAGGGAGGCCUUAAUUUAGGGCCAGAUUUAACCUCUAAUCUUAACUAUAUAUACAUGGCAAUAUGCAUAUGUAUAUGGAAAUAUUUCUCCAUAAUCUUAAAAAAUCGGAGCAGAGGUAGCGCAUGAAUUCAGGCUGCGGUAUAGUUAAAUUCAUGUAGCCCCUGUAGAACCCUAAGAGAACAAACAACUUAUUAGGAAAAAUCAGACCUGACAUUGCGAGGCGGUUCUUACUGCGUUUGGCCAGUUGGUAUCCACGCUCAGAAGGCUGGGAAUCGCCUACAACGACUUCUGUAGAAGCUACAGAAAUGAAAAUGAAUAUCAAACAUUUUUGUACUUGGACCUACUAUAGUAUUUCGCCUGCAUUCUAACAUAACCUGACCUAACAAUGGGGUAUCGUCAAGUUCACUAAAGAGUCAAAGUGUUCUCUACUAGCAGCCAACUAUAAAAAGCAGAGAGCUAAGCUUUGUUUCUCCAUUUAUGUUAAUCAUAUUUGAUUAUUCGUUUUGGGAUUUUUCUUGCUUUUCUAGUUCGCAAAUCUAAGUCACUUCAAUUAUGUAUGUAGUACUCUAUAGAUAGCCACCUAAACUCAAUUAUUGUAUGUUUCCUGUGGUCAUCUGCAUAUGCUCAAGUGGACACGCAUGCAUUCAAAGGCAUUAUAGUCGCAUUAGAUGCUUAGGUAUGCAUUUGGUGCAUAGAGCUUGCGAAUGCCAUUGAAAGUACCGUAAAAUUGAAUUAAACUAAAUUUUGAGUGCUUUAUUUUUUUUAGCAAUUUUUCGCUCAAUUUCGCAAAAAAAGAGACAGAGACAAUGUGACUGAAAAUGCCUACCACAAGCAUACGGUGCAGUAAUUACUUAGAAUUUGAGCGGGACUAACGUGUUUAAAGAAAUUUGAAAGUUGUUCGGAUAGCAAGUUUUAUUACAAGUAACAAAAAAUUUAAAUACAUAUAAAUGCAUAUUUUUUUGCCGUGUAAUUGCCAAUAAAAGUACGUUGCACGCAAUCCGUUCGAUCUUUAAGAAACUUGAACGUUGGAGGCAGAAAAUCUCUACUCAAAAGUAGAAAAGCAGAACGCUGAAUUGAAACAAUGUUUUUACAAAAGCUGUUGCAGAUAAUAUUUCAAAUUAUCCUAGUGCUACAGUUCAUCGCCGCCAGUACAGACGAAGUCGACGUGGACGAACUGAAGUUACAAAUCAGCAGUCAUCUGAGCUACACAGCGCGACGUCUGCGGCUUGUACAACAAAAUGUAGAAGCUCAGUAUGCCGAGGAGUUGGAGCAGUUGCUCGCACGUUACUUAAAAGCCGCCAAUGCUGAAGAUCCCCUAGUGGAAGAGAAGCUGCUACUCGAAUAUGAAGGCGAGCAGCGACAGACGUUUAUAGGCUAUCUUAGUCUGCAAUACGACGAACAGUUCCUCAAUGAGGACAUACGCAUACAGGAGUGGAGUAUGCGACAGUUGUUGUCACAGCUGGGUGGUGGUGGUGGUGGUGGCCCAGUGGCUGAGGAAAUUGAAAAGAUGCUGCCAGCGUAUGAAACCGCAGCGAAAAUUGAGGAUUUCGAUAAGAAAUAUGCGGCUUUUGCGGAAAUACAGGAAGGCUUUUCGCCGGCCCUUUGGCAGCUACUAGAUGCCGAACCUGAGGAUGUGAUGUUACUGAAUGUACAGUUGCAAUUCUUUCGGGAAUUUUUAAUGUAUCUGCUGAAACACGAAGAUGCAAGGCAGUUCACUGUGAAGUUGAGAAAUGUGCUUGCCGAGGUGGAGGCGGCACUGGCGAGUGCGGAUGUGAAGCAAAAAGUGGGUGUGCUCGAUAGUUUUGAUGAUUUGACGACGAAAUUCGGACGAUUUUUUGAUUACAAAAUAUUGGAAUUUGAGUUUGAUCGGUUUGGGCGUUGAAGUUUUUGGUGAUCGGUUAAAAAUGUGUUCAAUGGGUUUAAAUUGUGAAUAAAUUUUAAUAUUGAAAAAUUUUUAUGAAAAUAAAAUAACUC